AUGGAAGAUAAUGGUGGUUUUAAUGGUAUCAGUAAUAAUACCGUCAGGAAGAAACGUAGCCUUACUUCUCGUCGUCCUCGCCCUGCUGAAGCAUCAUCCACUCUUUUCCCACCACCUUCACAUCAUUUCACCAACAUCUCCAGUGAUGAUGAUAUACCCGCAUUUGAUACCAACCCUAGGAGGAGGAGGAAAGAUUUUAGUCUUACCCAUUGUAUCUCAAGGGCUGCUGAAUCCCAAAGAGGAAACCAUGAUUCUCUGCGCAUUGAUGUGUGUAAUGGCAUCAAGGGAGCUGAUUUGGGUCAAACCAAGAGAUUGAAGCUCAAAAUCGGUGGUGUGACUCGCCUCCUUCAUGCUAAUGCCUCAUCUCCAAGGCCGGUGAAUGAUACUACUAACAGCAACCAUUUGGAGGGAAGCUCAGAUGAUUGUCAUUCCCCUCUGGAUAACAAGGCUGAUCUAGAGGGAGACGAAUCUAUGACGGGGAGGAGAAAGCAAGUGGAACCAAGUGGCUCCUCCGUUCGCAAGAGCAAAAGAGUCCCCAAGAAGAGGGUGUUCGAUGGCUAUGAUGACAAUGAUGAUGAGAUCCAAUUUUUGGAAAAACCCAAGUACAGGAGUGUCUCUUUGUUCCUAAAUGAAGAGACUGAGUCCUGUAGGAGGCAGUUAAAGCUAUCUGGGAUUACAAAUGCAGAAAAUUCUGGUAAGAAGAAAACUGCAUUUGAAGAGGCUUCCGAAUACAUGGAUUAUGCGGAGGAGCUUGAAUCAGUGCCUGAAGAUAAAGAGACUGGUGAUGAUAUUAAGAGGGAAUCAACUUUGACGAGUCGCCAACGAGCCCUUGCUUCUGCAUCUGGAAAAUCAAGCGCAAUUGAAUUUCCAGAUGGAUUACCUCCUACUACAUCGAGAAGGAAAAAGGAGAAUGUUUCAGAAAUGGAGCAGCAACUGAAGAAGGCAGAAGCUGCUCAAAGGCGAAAAGUUCAGGUUGAAAAGGCUGCAAGGGAGUCUGAGGCAGAGGCCAUUAGAAAAAUUCUAGGACAAGACUCGAGCAGGAAGAAGCGUGAAGACAAAAAUAAGAAACGACUUGAUGAAUUGGCUCAGGAGAGAGCUGCACACGAGGAAAGGGCCUCGACAAGCUACAUCAGAACAAUAAUGGGUCCUAAUGGAACCACUGUUUCAUUUCCCAUUGGCAAAGUGCCUAGCCUAUUUGAUCCCAAACCAUCCGGUUAUCCUCCUCCACGAGAAAAUUGCGCGGGACCAUCAUGCACCAAUCCUUUCAAAUAUCGUGAUUCGAAGACUAAGGUUCCUCUUUGCAGCCUCAAAUGCUACAAGGCGGUCCAGCAGCAGCAUCAGACCCCACCGGUUUAGAUAUUGAUUUAUAUUUCCUUUUUGAUAAGGACAGAGAACUUUUUUUUUUUUUUUACUUUAUAGAUACAGAAAGACAUGGUUUAGUUUCUCAUUACUUUGCUUCUUCAGAGACUUAUAAGUCUAGUCUGAUCAGAGCUCAUUUUCUUUUGUUACAAGACGAGAUCGUGAUCGUCUAUUGGCUUUUACCAAACGAUCACAUCAAAGCCGUUCAUAUAUACAAUUCUCCAACGGC